GUCACAAUUAAAAUUUUGAUUUCCCCACACCACUUUUUGGUGAGUUUCAGUAUAAAAAGAAAACAAACCGCACAAUAACAAAAGUCAGCUGUUUAAUGGGAACAGUUGUUUGUUUGUUUUUAGUUCCUUUAUGAGUUUAAUUAAAUUAAUAUAUAUCAAGCAGGAAAGUACGUAAAUUAUAUGUGGAUAUGACAAAAACAAUCAAAGCCGCUUUGAAUUUAAAGCAAUUUAUGUUGCGCCAAGAAGUGCUCAAAUUGUACCGUGACCUUUUCCGCACAAUACGCCUUAUACCUAAUAAAGUGAGCCAGGAGGAAUUACGCACUUGGGUUAGACAGGAUUUUCGUAAUCAUCAGAAUCAAACCGAUGAAAUAGCUAUUAAAAUGUUGCUGCAACAUGGGCGCCGAAGUUUGACAGAACUAAAAAAUAGUUUGGAUCUCAGCGGGGUGUGCAAUAAAAAGCUCUAAACAUUAAGUUUAUAUGCAAAAUAUUUAUUUAAUAUAAAACAUCAUUAAAACGUUUAACGUUUUAACGUAUAAAAGCUACAAACAAACUGAUCAACAAAUUUUAAACAAAUUAAAAUUCUGAGCUUGAGGGCUGUGUCGCAGUCGCUACAAGAAAUAAAAAAAUUAUUGCAAUACACA